GUUCGUUUUAAAUGUCUACGUUUCAAUUUCAUGUCUCUAUCUCUCAGAGUUUCUGUUUUUUUUUUUUGGAGCCACACUUUAUCACUUCUCAAUCGCACGUGUUUACUUGACAUUAAAUUCUGGAAAGUCCACAAAGUUACUGGUAAGUGCAAAGAAUUUAGUUUAAAGAGAAAUUAGUAUACAAAGAGAGAAAUUAGGUUAACUGGUAACUGCAAGCCCUUCUCAAUCCCUAAUACUUUUUAUACUCCAAAGAAAAAACCCUUUAGAAAUUAGGUUACAUCCCUUCUAAAUUACAUUUUGUUUUCGUAAAAGCAUUGACGACUUAUAUCCUAAUGGGAAAAUCCUGGAAAUGCCCAACUUGAAAGAAUUCAGCCUUAAGGAUUUAAAGACCCCGACCAUGAAUUUCAAGACAGAUUCUUUGUUGGGAGAGGGAGGCUUUGGGAAAGUUUUCAAGGGUUGGAUGGAUGAGAAGGCACUCACACCCUGUAAGGUUGGCACCGGCAUGGUGGUUGCUAUCAAGAAAUUGAGCUCAGAAAGUAUGCAAGGUUUCCAAGAGUGGCAGUCAAAAUUAAAUUUUUUAGGAAGACUAUCUCAUCCCAACCUGGUCAAGCUACUGCGAUACUGUUGGGAGGAAAAAGAGCUACUACUUGUAGGCAAUGGGUGCGUUUUGAUCCUGAUCAACCAUCUGGAAUGUGUCUAAGUUUUGGAUGUGGAUGUUGGAGGUUAUGGUAGAGCAUACAAAGUGGGCAUUAGCCUUUUGUGAACUGGUCAUUACCCAGAUUGUUAUAUAUUAGAAGUUGAGAGGAAUGUAUAAGCACUUGAUGAAUUUUGAUUGUUUGUAAAGAAAUUUGUAUAACCACUUGAUGAAUUUUGAAGUUACCAUAGAUACAAUCCAGUUGAGAAGUUUGCAAAUAAA